AGGGGUUAAGGUCGGAAGGGCGGGAGGAAGCGCGAGAGGCGACCGUCGAACAUCUGUCACUGAGCGAGUGUAUCAGCCAGUCAGUCGAUCAACCCACCCCGUUCAGUCCCGAAAACGGUGACACUGUCAUGGCACCCGCUUUUGUGAUUUUUUGAGAACGCACGGCCACGCACCGUACAUAACAACACAAUACGCACACGAUCCGACACGCGCUGUGUCCGCACCGCUGUCACGCUCGACGAUUUUUACACGGAUAAACGGAAACCUCCUCUCGUGCACACGAUAUUAAAUCAUGAGCUCAGGUAGACCAAUAAAAUGUGUAGUGGUAGGAGAUGGGACAGUAGGAAAGACCUGCAUGUUGAUAUCAUAUACGACAGAUAGUUUUCCUGGAGAAUACGUACCUACUGUAUUUGACAACUAUUCCGCACCAAUGGUUGUUGAUGGAAUUCCGGUUAGUUUAGGACUGUGGGACACAGCAGGACAGGAAGACUAUGACAGACUGCGUCCUCUGUCCUAUCCUCAGACAGAUGUGUUUCUCAUUUGUUUCUCAGUAACAAGUCCUUCAUCGUUUGAAAAUGUUACCAGUAAAUGGUAUCCUGAAAUAAAACAUCACUGCCCAGAUGCACCAAUGAUACUUGUUGGAACUAAAAUAGACUUACGAGAUGAUCGUGAAACGCUUACCGCUUUAGCUGAACAGGGCCUUAGUGCUAUUAAACGUGAACAGGGACAAAAGCUGGCAAACAAAAUUCGCGCAGUGAAAUAUAUGGAGUGUUCUGCUCUUACGCAACGUGGAUUGAAACAGGUAUUCGAUGAAGCAGUACGUGCCGUUUUAAGACCCGAACCACAAAAACGUCGACAAAGAAGGUGCAUUAUGUUAUAAACGAUGGAAGGAAUUGACGGGAAUCAUAGCUAUAGAAUAUAUACCAUAUUAUGGAAAUAGUACAAUUUAAUACUUCCUGGUCUCAACAUAAGUCGUGAUCACUAAUUCACGGCCAGAAAGUUCAGACAACGAGAAAGUAAGAA